AUGACCUAUCUCGAUCCAAUCACAGCUUGCGAUUUCUACAAAGUAGGCCACAAAGCUAUGUACCCAAAAGGUACAGAAGUUAUUUAUAGCAACUUUACACCUCGGUCUAACAAACUAGCACCUAAUGCUGGUGUUAAGCCAACUAAAGUUCUCUUCUAUGGUCUGCAAGGCUUUAUCAAGUCUUUCCUGAUUGAACAGUUCAAUAACAAUUUCUUCCGUAAAAGCAAGAUUGAAGUUAUUGCAAAAUACAAUCGCCGUAUGGAUGGUGCGCUUGGUCAAGGUGCAGUUGAUUCUUCGCACAUUGCUGCUUUGCACGAUCUUGGUUAUCUGCCAAUUGAAAUCAAAGCAUUGCCAGAAGGUUCACUGGUUGAUAUCAAAGUUCCAGUUCUUACUGUCAAGAAUACACUCCCUGAAUUUUUCUGGUUGACUAACUAUCUGGAAACAGUGUUCAGUAACGAACUCUGGAAAAAGAUCACUACGGCUACCACUGCUUUUGAAUACCGUAAGAUUCUUACUCGCUAUGCUAAAGCCACUGGUGCGCCUUUGGAUUUCGUACUGUGGCAAGGUCACGAUUUUAGUUACCGUGGUCUGAGUGGUGCAGAUGAUGCAUCCAAUGCAAGCGGUCACUUGGCGGCUGGUUUCUUUGGUACUGAUACCAUUCCAGCUAUCGACUACGUUGAAGCCUUCUAUGGCGGUUUUAAUACGUUUGUUGGUGGUUCUGUUCCAGCUACUGAGCACUCUGUUAUGUGUGCCGGUGGUAAAGAAACUGAAGAAGAAACAUUCCGCCGAUUGAUCACUGAAGUGCAUCCUUCUGGUGUAGUCAGUAUUGUUAGCGAUACGUGGGACUUCUGGCACACUUUGGCAGUUACCUCUGCUAAUUUGAAACAAGAGAUUCUGGCUCGUACUCCAAACGAAAUUGGUUUAGCUAAAGUUGUGUUCCGUCCUGACAGUGGUGAUCCAGCUGAUAUUCUUUGUGGUAUCAAAGUACAUAAUGUAGAUGAAGCUUAUGAUCUUGAAUAUGCCAAAGAGUUAGCAAAAGAGUUUCUUGUAGAUGCUGAGUCUGCAGAUACACCACACGGCGAAAUGGGUGCUGAUGAGGUAUCAGGUUAUUUCCGUUACAAUGGUGCUGUUUAUCUAGCUACAGUGCAGAUCGAAUGGAAUCGUUACGAUAAGCAGUAUUAUUUCAUGGACGGUAGUACUCUGACAAGUUUCGAGCCAGUCGAACUAACACCUGAACAAAAAGGUGCAGUUGAAACUCUGUGGGACAUUUUUGGUGGUACAAUCAACGCCAAUUACUUUAAGAUGCUGAAUGAACGUGUUGGCUUGAUCUACGGUGAUUCAAUUACACUAGAUCGUGCAACCGAUAUCUUGCAGCGUCUACAAGACAAGGGUUUUGCUUCAAGUAACGUUGUGUUCGGUAUCGGCUCUUAUACUUACCAGUACGUCACUCGUGAUAGUUUUGGUUUUGCAAUGAAAGCUACUUAUGCUGAAAUCAAUGGAGCUGGUGUAGAAUUGUACAAAGACCCUGUUACUGAUAGCGGUACUAAAAAAUCGGCUAAAGGUCUACUGCGAGUUGAGUAUGAAGAUACUGAAUUCCAAGGUAAGCAGUUCGUUUUAUACGAUCAGCAAACCAAAGAGCAAGAAGCACAAGGUUGUCUACAAACUGUCUUUAAAGAUGGUCGGAUGAUCAAAGAAACUAGUCUAGAAGAAAUUCGACAAUUAGUUACACAACAGCUUGACGAUAUGGUCUAA